CAACCUCAACACCACCGUCUCUCUUCUUCAAUCAUAACUUUCUUUCUUUAGCUCCAAUCAAUAUGACAGUACUUCGAUCCCGCGAAAUACUUCCAACUAAACCCAAAACCGAACCGGUAAAAAAUGGAGUCAACAUAGAGCCCGCUACUCCCUCCCAGACCCGCGAGGCGGCAGCUGCUCAUGGGCCGGAUUCUGGUUCCAUUUGCAGACGUAGUGCUCGGCUCACUUCAAAAUCAUCAGUCUCUUGUUGCGCUGAUCAGAUUUCGGAGCAAUGUUCGGUGAAAAGGAAGAGAAAAUUGGGUGUGAAUGAGGGUUUAUUGAGUUCGGAGAGUGGGCAAAGUGGCGGGUGUUUGAAUUUACGGUCAGGGAAGAAAGUUGUGAAGAGGAAAGGGGAAGAAAAUGUGAGUGAUGAGCGGGUUAAUGCAAGGGAAAUGAAAGGGAAAAGUAGGGGGAAAUUAGACUUUGAAGUUGAGGAUGAAAAGAAGGGAAAGAUAAUAGAAAAUGAAGAGGGUGUUGAUAUGGAGAACUUCAAGACUGAGAGGAUCCAAAGCCGUAGUGCAAAUUGUACGAGGAGGUUUAGUAGAGAAGAGAAAGGGAAGGCGAAACUGGUUGUUGAAGACUCUGUAUUGAAAGGAAGUGACGAUGUUGAAGUGGAUUUGGAAGAUGAAGUUAAGAGCUCAGCUGAUAUUUCGGGAGAGAAUGUAGUUGGAAAGAGUAGUGUGAGGGUGAGUGAAUCAAGUAUGGAACAAAAGAGAGGUGUGAGGGUGAGCGAAUCAAGAAUGGAACAAUUUCGAGACAUAGCAAGGCAGAAUGCGUCUAGAUUUGCAUUUUUCUCUUCGGAAGAGCAAGAGCAGGAGCAGGAACAAGUGUCUCUUGAGAAUGAAAGGGAGAUUGAAGAUUGGCCCGGUCCCUUCUCUACUGCUAUGAAGAUUAUUAGGGACCGAGAUGAUAAGUUGAAAAGGAAACAUGGGACCAGCUCUUUAGAGAAUAAAAAACCUACAGCAAUAACGUGGAUUCCCAAGACUGGUCAGGGUCGUUCAAAAUUGAGGAUUCCAUCAUUGAAAGAAUUAUGUUUGAAAAUUCUUGUACAGAAUGCUGAUGCAAUGACUUCACUUGAAAAUGUCCCGGAUGCACUGAGGCACAAGCUUACUGUGAUGCUUUGCAAUUCUCGGAGGAUGAAUAGUCAUUUUCUUGACCUCCUUGUCACUGGAUCCCCUACAGAGAUACUUCUGUGUGAAUGUUCGUGGCUAACAGAGGAACAGUUCGCCGAAUCUUUUCAGGAUUGUGACACCAGCAACUUGACGGUUUUACAACUUGACUACUGUGGACGCCUGCCAGAUCACAUUGUACUUUCUACCUUAGUCAGGUCAUCAAAGAGCUUGUCCUCCCUAACUACUUUAUCCCUCUGUGGAGCAUCCCGGCUAUCAGAUGUUGGGCUUCAGGGUAUUGUGUCUUCUGCUUCAGCACUAAGAUGUAUAAAUCUCAGCCAGUGCUGCUUUGUUACCGCCACAAGUAUCAACAUCCUCGCAAAUUCACUGGGAUCAGUUAUGCAGGAACUGUACAUUAAUGAUUGCCAAAACAUUGAUGCUAUGCUUAUUCUGCCGGCACUGAAAAAGCUAAAACAUUUAGAAGUUUUAUCGGUAGCACGCAUUGAAACUGUUAGUGAUGAUUUUAUCAGAGAAUUUCUUAGUGAUCAUGGUCAUAAUAUGAAGGAGCUUGUUUUGACUGAAUGUGUAAAACUGACUGAUAUUUCCUUGAAAGCCAUUGCUGAAACCUGUACUGGCCUACGUGCACUUGAUAUUUUUAACUUGCGUCGCUUGACGGAUUUCUCUAUUGGCUAUCUUGCGAAUGGCAGUCCAGCAAUUCAAAAAUUAAAUGUUGGCUACAAUGCGUUCAGUGAUGAAGCUAUUGCUGCAUUCUUGGAAACGUCUGGGGAGUCUAUGAAAGAACUUUCUCUAAACAGUGUCAAGGUUGCCCACAACACUGCAGUAUCGCUUGCUAAGCGUUCGAGAAACUUAUUGAGUUUAGAUAUAUCAUUUUGCCGUAAUUUGACAAAUGAGGCUGUGGGUCUGAUUGUUGAUAGCUGUUUGUCGCUGAAGAUCCUUAAAAUUUUUGGAUGCACCCAGAUUACAAAUGUGUUUCUGGAAGGUCACUCAAAUCCAGAGGUACAAAUCAUUGGUAUGAAGAUGUCUCCAGUAUUGAAAUUUGAAACAUCCGAAGAUGCCAGAUUAUGAAGAAGUUCCAUUGCAUUACUCGUUCGGUGUUAUCUUCAGUGUUGAUAUGAAUUCAGGUCCAUAGUUGUGUUUUGCUGGCAUUUUGUUGCAACCUGGAAACUUGAAAUUUACAUGUAGUCAGUUACAUCCAACGUUUUUCAUGUGAAAGAAAAAGUUGGGUGCCUGACAUAGAUUUCGGGAAAGGUAUGCAUUUUGCUUUGUACAACUUGCAGUAAAAGGUACAUUCAUUUUUGUUUUAGUAGAUGAUUUUGUAAAUUUUAAAAUUUAGGGUGAGAAAAAAGUGUUAGAGGUGACACUGGUUUAGAAAAAAAAAUUUA